UCUCUAAACUUACUACGCAAGUAAAAGAGUGUUUGGCAAAAGAGAAAAAUAAAGAUGCUGGGAAAGGAAGAUCUGGGUUUGAGUCUUAGCUUGAGUUUCCCUCAGAUUAACCACUCUUUACAACUAAAUCUUAAUGCUAAUUCUUGCUUUUCAACUUCUGGAUUAACCCAUAGCAAACCCUCAUGGAACGAUUCUUCUUCUCCUUCAGAUCAUAACUCGGAGGCUUUUAAGGCCGAGAAUGGAUCACUUUUUAGAGGAAUCGACAUGAACAUAUUGCCAUUGACAGUCGUUUGUGAAGAAGCUGGAGUUUCAUCUCCCAAUAGCACGAUAUCAAGCGUGAGCGGAAAAAGGAGAGAGAGAGAAAGUAACGGCGAUGAUCUCGAGAUUGAGAAAGCCUAUUGUCGUGGCAUCAGCGACGACGAAGACGGACACACUUCGAGAAAAAAACUCAGACUUUCUAAAGACCAGUCUGCUAUUCUCGAGGAAAGCUUUAAAGAACACAGCACUCUCAAUCCAAGGCAAAAGUUAGCAUUGGCUAAACAACUGGGGUUACGACCCAGACAAGUUGAAGUGUGGUUUCAAAACAGAAGGGCAAGGACCAAGCUGAAGCAAACGGAGGUUGAUUGUGAGUUCCUCAUGAGAUGCUGCGAGAAUCUGACGGAUGAGAAUCGGCGGUUGCAGAAGGAAGUUCAGGAACUGAGAGCACUGAAACUGUCCUCCACGCAGUUCUUCAUGCAAAUGGCCCCACCGACCACCCUCACCAUGUGCACAUCAUGUGAGAGGGUGGCGGCCCCACGCAACCCACCAUCCACCACCGUCGAUCUACGAUCCCAUCAUCUCGCCAAAAACCACCACAGGCCCAUACCCUUUAGCCGUUGGGCUCCAGCCGCCACGAUCGUGGCUCAUAGACCGUCCGAUGCUCUUCGUCCUCGAUCAUAAUUAUGACCUAUGUGA